AUGCCCCUCCCCAAGCUCACUCCGCUUCAGUCGCGACUCGCGGCAUCGCUAUUCGGAUCCAUGAUGUUGCUCCUAUUGUACUUGCUGCUCACAGCGCCCAAUUUUGCAUACGCCACCGAGGUCGAUUCGACACGACCGGAAGAUCACAACCAUGAGAGAUUAAUGGACUUCCCGCUCCUGGAUGAUUACCAUGAGCUGGAAUCGAAAGAAGUUGUCUAUGAAGCGAAUUUCUUCGGGGUGGAUAGCAUGAUCCUACCAAGAAACACGGCGCCGACAGCUUUGCUCAAUAAUCGGGUCGAGGCGACGAAUGUGCAGUUGGGACAAAGCUUCUAUUAUGUGUUUGCAAAUGCUUCGGUAUGGGGGGAGAAGUCUCCAGCGACACCGGGCCUACCAUCCGAGAUAAUACUGGACAAUAGGCGGCUAAGGAGGUCGGUGAAGGGAGUCUCGGAAGAGGGGGCAGACGCUGACGAAGGGAGUGAGCUCAGAAAACGGCAAACGACUGUGGAAAAUUACAGGACUGUAUAUAUCACAGUGACUACCUGUGAUCAACCAACCUCGAAUACAACCACUGAUCCUGCACCUCAGCUCCAACUAUACGUUUCCCAGUUUGCGAAUAAUACAAAUCCCGGGCCAGGAAAACCAUCAGCUCUCCAGGAUCUGGUACAGCUAGAGGGAGGGUACGCUUUGCAUGAAGUAAACGCUACGGGAGAUGUCUAUAUCAGCAUAUACGCUCAAAAUGCCACAGCGUACAAUGAAAAUGUCUACAGUGCUCAUAUAGCUGCUUCAAUCGAUGCACCAUAUCACAAGUACUGGAAUAGCUCAGACCCGAACCUAUUCCUCGUCGAUAGUGACGACUACUCCGCUCUCUUGUUUACAGAUCCGUUUAUCACCAACUCGACUAACACUACGCUGUUUGAAGAGUGGAUGGAUCAGCCUCCGCCAUAUGUCAUCUUUGCCAGCGAUGCAAAUGAUACCUUGACGGUAGGACUAGAGAGAUCAUACUGUGGUCUGAAGCGGAAAUCGUCGAUCCAAGCCUCUUUGCCCGGACAGACAGCCGGUACAAUAGUGACUGGUAUGACUGCAGUUGGAAACCAAUCUCUCCCAAAACAGUCGUUUUUUGUGAACGGAUUGGGAGCUGGCAAGACCUACAAAGUGUCUUUGGCAAUGGACGGAAAUUCCACAGCUUCAGGUACCGGUGUCGUAGGAGGAGGGGGUCAGGUCUUUGCCCAAACUAGCUUCGACAUGCUCUCAGGUGGCAAUUGUGCUGUGAUACACAAAUUAUCUUUCUGUGAUCAAACAGCCUACUCGGUACCUUCAAAUCCCAACGUCUUUCCCAACAUGAGCGCACUCGCCGCUUUCUACGACAACGCAACCCAAGCCAGCUUCGCCAACUUUGAAAAGGUGCUCGCUCAGAUUCCUUGCGAAACAACAUCUACUGCGCAGUACUCGCUUGCAAGGAAUUGUGCCGAUUGCCGCGAAGCGUACAAAACUUGGCUGUGCGCGGUGAGUAUCCCACGAUGUACGGACUUCACCAAGGAAAAGGACUGGCUCCAAGCUCGAGCUAUGGGCCAGCCUUUCCCCAACGGCACCCUCCUCCCUGAAGCGGACAGGGCACUUGCAAAUAUAACGGCUGGCGUCAACGCGUCUCGAAAUUCUCGUAUCGAUGAUCUUCUGGUUCCGGGCCCGUACAAAGAGGUCUUGCCGUGCGAUGAGUUAUGCUUCAAUCUUGUGCGGAGCUGUCCUGCAUCGAUGGGUUUCGGGUGUCCGCAAUUUGGGGACAUUGGGUUUAACGAAAGCUACGGCGUCAAGCCCAUGUUCCCUGGAGAUGCGAGUGGACGUAUCUCAAACAUUACGUGUAAUUCUCCUGGCACAAUCUACUACCUCUCGGCUGGCCGACAGGGACUGUCAUCGAUGGUGUUCACGAUUGCGAGCGCCAUGGUAGCAGGAAUUUUGUUUAUAUGA